UGGCCCUUUUCUCUCUCUAUUUAUAACUGUUUCGUGACUCUCUGUUUCACUCGUCAUUCCUUCGAGCUUUACACUGUCAAGAGUCUCUGUUUCUUCGAUAGCAACCACCACUCUCCAAUGCCUCCUCUUCCGUUAGAUCAACCGGUGGACAUGGAUAUUACCGUUCCCCGCUCUGGUGACCUUGUGACGACGGAAGCCCAAGCAGAAAACUUGACUCUGGUGAGUGGGGGGCCAAUAAAGGAUGAGCUGUCAUCUUGGAGGUUCACAUGGGCCAUUGAGAAUUUUUCAAGGCUUGCAAAGAAAGUAUAUUCUGAUGAUUUCUAUGUUGGAGGAUUCCAAUGGCGGAUACUUAUAUUUCCAAAGGGGAAUAAUGUUGAUCAUUUGUCAAUGUAUCUAGAUGUUGCUGAUUCAACGAUGUUGCCUCCUGGAUGGAGUAGAUUUGCCCAAUUUAGCUUGACUGUUGUUAAUCAAAUUCAUAAUCAAUACUCAAUCAGAAAAGAAUCACAGCAUCAGUUCAAUGCUCGUGAGAGUGAUUGGGGUUUCACUAAUUUCAUGCCUCUUGCUGAUUUAUAUGAUCCUGCUAGAGGUUUUCGGGUGAAUGAUAGAUGUAUAAUAGAGGCUGAUGUUGCAGUACGUAAGCCUCUUGAUUACUGGUCACAUGACUCAAAAAAGGAAACGGGUUGUGUUGGAUUGAAAAACCAAGGAGCUACUUGUUACAUGAAUUCUCUUCUUCAGACACUGUAUCACAUUCCUUAUUUUAGAAAGGCUGUGUACCAUAUGCCUACGACUGAGAAUGACAUGCCAUCAGGGAGCAUUCCUUUGGCAUUGCAAAGUUUAUUCUACAAGCUACAACAUAGUGACACUAGUGUAUCUACGAAAGAGUUAACCAAGUCUUUUGGAUGGGAUACAUAUGAUUCAUUCUUGCAGCAUGAUGUCCAAGAACUUAAUAGAGUUCUCUGUGAAAAGUUAGAAGAUAAAAUGAAGGGUACUGUGGUGGAAGGCACCAUACAGCAGUUGUUUGAAGGUCACCAUAUGAACUAUAUUGAAUGCAUCAAUGUUGACUAUAAAUCAACAAGAAAAGAAUCAUUUUAUGAUCUUCAACUUGAUGUCAAAGGAUGUCAGAGUGUGUAUGAUUCUUUUGACAAAUAUGUUGAAGUGGAACAUCUUGAGCAUGAUAACAAGUAUCAUGCUGAGAAGUAUGGUUUACAGGAGGCUAGGAAGGGUGUCUUGUUCAUUGAUUUUCCACCUGUUCUUCAGCUUCAGCUAAAACGGUUUGAAUAUGAUUUUAUGCAAGACACUAUGGUAAAGAUCAAUGACUACUAUGAGUUCCCCCUGCAACUAGAUCUUGAUAGGGACAAUGGCAAGUAUUUGUCUCCUGAAGCAGAUAGAAGUGUUCGCAACCUUUAUACACUUCAUAGUGUUUUGGUUCACAGUGGUGGGGUUCAUGGUGGACACUAUUAUGCUUAUAUCAGGCCAACUCUAUCAAAUCAGUGGUUUAGAUUUGAUGAUGAACGAGUAACAAAAGAAGAUGCAAAGAGAGCCUCAGAAGAACAGUAUGGUGGUGAGGAAGAGUUACCUAAUACCAAUCCUGGGUUCAACAACUCUCCCUUCAAAUUUACAAAGUACUCAAAUGCAUAUAUGCUUGUUUAUAUACGUGACAGUGACAAGGAUAUGAUAAUGUGUAAUGUGGAUGAGAAGGAUAUUGCCCAACACCUCAGAGUUAGAUUAGAUAAAGAACUAGAAGAGAAAGAGAAAAAGAGGAAGGAAAAGGCAGAAGCUCACUUGUACACCAUCAUAAAGAUUGCACGCAAUGAAGAUAUGUUUGAACAGAUUGGAAAGGAUAAAUUCUUUGAUCUAGUGGAUCAUGAUAAAGUACAAAGUUUUCGCAUUCCAAAACAAAUGCCAUUUAUCUUGUUUAAGGAAAAAUAUGCUAAAGAGUUUCAUAUACCUGUCCCAUGCCAACGGUUUUGGUUGUGGGCAAAGCGCCAAAAUCACACAUACCGGCCAAAUAGGCCAUUGACACCUCAGGAGGAAACUCGACCGGUUGGAGAGUUGAGGGAGAUUUCCAAUAAGGCAAGUAAUGCAGAACUGAAGUUAUUUUUGGAACUUGAAAUAAAGCAGGGUUUUGGGUUUGUUCCUCCUCCUAUGAAGACAAAAGAAGAUUUGUUGCUAUUCUUUAAGCUUUAUGACCCUUCACAAGAAAAUCUGCGGUAUGUUGGGAGGCUUUAUGUCAAAGCUAGUGGGAAGCCCUUGGAUAUAUAUUCAACGCUAAAUCAAAUGGCGGGAUUUGCUGUUGAUGAAGAAAUUGAACUUUUUGAGGAAAUCAAAUUUGAUCCUCGUGUCAUGUGUGAACAUGUUAAUGAGAUGUUAUCGUUCCAAAUCAAUCAGCUCGAGGACGGUGAUAUUAUUUGCUAUCAGAAAGCCCCCAAAGCUGGAAGUGGCGAGCAAUUUCACCAUCCUAAUGUUCCUUCCUUCUUGGAAUAUGUGCAUAACCGUCAGGUUGUACGCUUUAGGAUUUUGGCGAAACCCAAAGAAGAUGAAUUCAGUCUUGAGUUGUCAAAGCUUCACAAAUAUGAUGAUGUUGUUAUGAAGGUUGCUCAACAUAUUGGUUUGAGUGAUCCUUCGAAAAUCAGACUCACAUCUCAUAACUGCUACUCACAACAACCUAAACCACAGCCUAUCAAGUACCAAGGAGUUGAACAUUUGUCUGACAUGCUGAUUCACCUCAAUCAGACUUCUGAUAUACUGUACUACGAAAUAUUGGAUAUCCCUCUGCCAGAAUUGCAAUGCCUAAAAACACUUAAAAUUGCUUUCCAUCUUGCUACCAAGGAUGAAGUGGUGCUUUCUACUAUUAGAUUACCGAAGCAGAGUACAGUGGAAGAUGUACUUAAUGAUAUUAAAUCAAAGGUGAAUUUAUCUCAUCCUGAUGCGCAACUAAGAUUGCUCGAAGUUUUCUAUCACAAGAUAUAUAAGAUUUUCCCUCUAAGUGAAACGAUUGAGAAUAUUAAUGAUCACUAUUGGACACUAAGAGCAGAGGAGAUUCCUGAAGAAGAGAAAAGUCUUGGUCCUCAUGAUCGAUUGAUUCAUGUUUAUCAUUUCAUGAAAGAUACCACUCAAAAUCAUGUGCAGCAAAUUCACAAUUUUGGAGAUCCUUUUUUGUUUGCUAUACAUGAGGGUGAGACAUUGUCUGAUGUCAAAUUACGGAUACAGAAAAAGUUACAUGUUACUGAUCAUGAGUUUUCAAAGUGGAAUUUUGCAUUUGUGUUACAUGGUCGUCCUGAAUACCUACAAGAUUCAGAAAUUCUUUGUGCUCGGUUUCAGAGAAGGGAUAUAUAUGGUGCUUGGGAGCAGUAUCUUGGACUGGAACACACUGAUCAUGCUCCGAAAAGGUCAUAUGUGGUCAACCAGGUUUCAGAAGUCUACAAUGAUUAUUUCUCAAUUUUGCAGAACCGUUACCCAUUUGAGAAGCCUGUAAAAAUCUACAACUAGGAAAGAUCUGUAUCAUCUCAAUCAGUCGGUAUAUAGUACCUUAUGACAAUGACACUUGCAGUUUUAUGAAGGUGACAAUAGAGGUGUAGUGUAGAGAUACUAUCAAUCUUCCCAUGAGGAAUGUCUAUUCAAUUUUGUUGCUUCAUAGCUUAGGGUAUAGAUGUAUAGCCUUGAUCUGUUUGCUUGUGGAUAAAACUCAUUCUCUCAAUCUUCACUCAUGUAUUUGUUCUUAUGUUUUUAAAUAGUUAAUAAGAUUUUGGGUCGGGUUUUGUAUAUAUAUAUAUUAUAGUAUACUUAAACUGUCUGCGCCUUCUAUUAUUGGCUUUUUCAUGUGCGUUCCUCAGGGACGUAAGAUCGGGAUUGUGUAUAUAUUUUUGCUGGUUCUUCAAUGUAAUUAUUAAACUUAUAUUAGAGGCAUAUUGGUUUGUAUAAAAGAAACAGUAGUUUGCCCUCAGGUUGUUACUGUGUUGAAGCGCCGUUCUAACGGAUCUAUACCUGUCAUUUGUUUUGCCCUUCCCAUGACCAUGAUGCAGGGUAAGAAAGAGGGUCAACUUCAGCACAGUAACCCUGUGGAUUGGUCAUAUAUGUAAUAAAAUUUUAUGGAUCUUACACUA